CUCCACUUUUGAUGCGGAAGAACCACAUAGCGAGUUGGUAGAUACAGUGUUGUCUGUACUACAUAAAGGCACGGCUGGCUCAGAUUGCGAUAGUGAGGACAGCACAGAGAGACAUGUUGUGCAAAAUGACUGGAUUAUUGGUGAUGAUGAUAGCAAUUUGACAGAAGUUAUUGAUAUAGCAGAAAGUGUCCCUAGCAUACAAGAGAAGAUGACUGUGUCUGAGGAUUCUGAAGAUGUUGUGGUGCCUUUGCAGAUAGCUAAUAAAACUGAAGUAGAACAAACAGCCAUAAACGAAGUUCAGCCUUUGGUCGCAAACGAUGCUAGUUUCACUGGAAAUGUGGAAGCUACAGUCAAAUCAGGACACUUGCAUAAUGUUAGUUCCACUGUAAAGAUGAUUGAGGAUGAAGUAAAAUCUGCGGACUGUCAGACUGGUUGUUCCCAGGAAAAUAAGAAUGAAAACAAGAUGCAUUCUGGGGACUCGUCUAAUGUUAGUUCAACUGCAAAAAAGACUGAAGUUGAGGUGAAAUCCGGAGACUGUCAGACUGGUAGUUCCACUGCAAAGAAGACUGAAAACAAGAUGCAUUCUGGGGACUCACCUAAUGUUAGUUUAACUGCAAAAAAGACUGAAGUUGAGGUGAAAUCCGGAGACUGUCAGACUGGUAGUUCCACUGCAAAGAAGACUGAAAACAAGAUGCAUUCUGGGGACUCACCUAAUCUUAGUUCAACUGCAAAAAAGACUGAAGUUGAGGUGAAAUCCGGAGACUGUCAGACUGGUAGUUCCACUGCAAAGAAGAAUGAAAACAAGAUGCAUUCUGGGGACUCACCUAAUCUUAGUUCAACUGCAAAGGAGAAGGAAAAUAUGGAGCAAUCUGGCGACUCUGACACUAUUAUUUCUACUUCAAAGAAUGAGGAAAAUGAGCGGACUAGCAACACAAACAAUGACAAUUCUUUUGGAAAUAAAGAUGUAAAUUUAGAGCAAUCUGCAUUCCUAAACAAUAUUAACAUCAGUUCUAUUCUGCCAAACCUUAGAAAAAGUAUUGAUUUGAUACUUAAUGAAGAGAAGAAGAAUUUAGAAGUGGAACAGAACAAGAGUCCCACUGUGUCUACCAGUGAUGUAGAAUCAUCAGUAAAGGUAGAGAAAGACAAGCAGAUCAGCCGUGGUAACAUGAAGCAAGGUGAUAGGAAAAGCACUAAAGAUGUUGGAGUAGAACCGUCGAGACAGUCAAAGCGAUUCCAUCCUUACGGAAAAGGGAAACGCACCACAGAGCAAGAACCUUCCCCUGGGCCGGUCGUAACACAAGAACUACAUACUCUGAUGAAAAACCUCACUGCCAAAAAUUAUUUAGCUACCAAAUCAGAAAAGCCUAUUAAGCUCAUGAAUAAUUUCUAUGACAUGCCAGCUGGAUCAAGCCCUGCAAGGUUUAGAACUUGUGAUGUACCGUCUAGAUUACGACGAAACACUACAUCAGGUAGUGAGUCAUCAGAAAGUACUGUGAAGAAUGAAGGUGAUGAACGGGUUCAGAAAAAUGAUUCACGGAAAGUACGAUCAAAAGAUUUCAUUUCCAAACUAUCGCUGUAUGACAGUAUAGUUAAUUCGAGGCAAGAGAUGGAUGCGGAUGACGUCUAUGAAACUGAAGGAAAAAUAUAUAGCAAUCCAUCAAUGGCAGUCCAAAGAGAGCAACAUGCACCAGCACCAAGCAGGCAAAGAUUACUAAUGGGCGGAAUGUCACACACUGGACGAAACAUACCCACACUUCAGGAGGGGGAAUGCAAGCAAACGCAUAUCAAGGACAGUUCUUUACCGCCCGUAAUCAAAACCCCAAUUGGUCUGGUGUCAACAACUGGAGACCACAAGGUGCAGACUAUUUCACUCAGUUGCAACAACAAGCCAGGAAUUGGGCAAACAACUCACAGCGGCCAGGAUAUUCACAGCAAUUUAAUCAACAGCAGCAGCAGCAGCAGCAGCAGAUGCAUCACCAACGACAGCAUCAACAACGACAGCAGAUGUUACAUAACAACCAGUACUAUAACAACAACAACAACUUUGGCUUUCAACGCGCACAAUCACCAUACGAGUGGGGGUGCAGAAGAUAGCAAUUUAUCUAAUUUAGUGUUUGGAUGUGGUGAUGGAAAGACGGUUAAUGAGAGUAUGAUGCAAGAUGAUUUUAAUUGUAUACCAAUGGAUCUUGAUGAUGAAUGUCAAGAUUAUAAUAUAAACAGUCAAGAAAAGAAGAAACACACUUUUGUGAAAGACAAACAUUCAAAGCUUCGAUCACGAAUCAAUACCUCAAGAGAUCCUAGGCUACAGAAGCGGCAUCCAACCAUGCCAGAACCUGACAGAGAAGCAAAAGAAAACAUUGUUGAUCUUACAGAAACAGAAGGCAUUAAAGAUAUCCUGAGAAGUUCAAGACAAUUGGAAGCAGUUUCCAAGCGAUCAAGGCCUCUGUCAUUAAAAAGCAGCAGUGAUAUUAUACAAUCUGUAAGACAGAGAGCAAGAACUGAAGUUGAAAAUACAGAUAUUGAAUCUCCUAAUAUAAAAGAGGCAUACAGGUCUCUUUCAAACUUGUGUUCUCGAAUAAAAGAAGAACACAAAAUUGGACCUGUAGGAGGUGAUUGUAAGGAAGUAGUAGAGAAUAGUGCUGGUUUAGUUCAUCAAUUGAGUGAUGUCAACACAGAGGAGCGGAUAAGGUCUUGGCUUGAUAGCAUGGAACCUGAUCAUGGCGAAGCUCAUGAAGAGGAAAAGAAAGACAAUCAGCAAACUUCUGGUGCUGAUGUGGUUCCAGAUUUAGAUGACCUCACUUCUGCUACAUUUGAACCCGCAGUCACAAAGAAAAAGAAAAUCAGAAUAAGCUUUUCACAAUAUAAGAACAAAGCAAAGGAGGCUGAAUCUGUUGAAAUAGAAGAAGGAACUGUUAAAAAUAAGUUGCCAGUGUCUUUGACUGUGCAUUUGAAGAGGAAAAUAACACAUGGUAUUGAAGGUCCAGAAAAAAUUAAGUGUCAGGUUGAGACUUCAUUUGGAAUGGCAGGUAAAUAUGGAAAUGGCGUACAUGCCACUGCAGAGGUAUCCCCAGUCCUGACAAAUACAGAUGAAACUGUAAAGUGUGCUGCCACUGAACCAUCAUCAGUCCAGACUUCUUUUGGCUCCAAUGGUGAAUGUCCAUUUUUAGAAAAGAGAGAAACUAGUCAAAGCAUUGAAGAUGCUGGCGAAAUCAUGUGCACAUUUCAGAAAACAAGUAAAGAUGAAUCUGCCUCAGAAGUUCCCUCAUCUAAAAAAAUUGAAUCCUCUUUCUGGACUGAUUUUGGCUCUAACAUUGGUGAGGGUUCCAUUUUUGAAAAGAAUCAGAUUCCCUUCUUGAAUAUUUCAUGUACAUCAGGACAAAAGGGAGUUAGUCCAAGCUUAAUGGAAAGCAGAAUUGAUCCUCGAAAAAACGACAAGUCACAAACUUUAUUGAGUGACGAAAGAGGGAAUGCUGAAGAAGUAAUGGAGAUAUUGAGUGACGAUAGAGGGAAUGAUGAAGGAGUAACUGAAGAACUCAAAACUGAGCCUCAACACUUAGAUAAUAUUUUUAGUUUCACUAAAUUUGAUCAGGGGAUUGAAAACAACAAGGAAACGAAUGUUACACAUAAGGACAUGUGUCCUGGAUCAAAAACAGACUCUCUGUUAAAAGCAAUCACAUUUAACAUAAAAGAUGAUGUAUAUGCCCUUCUCAAAACUGUUUCGGGAACAUUUAUAAAAAAAGAUGCAGCUAUCAGAAUUCCUUCAGAUAGAACUUCAGAGCCCGACUUUGACACAGAGGAUUGUGUUCUAAUUGAAAAUGCUCCAAGUGGUGAAAAACAUAAGGUUGAUGCUGCAUCUGCAUUCUCACCAGAGACUGAUACUUCUGAUUGGCCAAUAACGGGGAAAACUAAAGAAACCUUCUGUGCUGCAUUUACUGAAAUGAAACUUGUUAUGUUUGAGGCUCUCAUUAGUCAUGGUGAAGAACUUUGCAAUUUACUUGAUGGAGGUUCAGUAAACUUGUACUUUUCUGACAAUUUGCAACUCAAACCUUUGAGUCAUGACUAUGGUAACAAUACAUGGAAAGAUACAUCUGUCUGUUUUACUUUAGAAGAGGCAAAGCAUCAGUUUCAGGAAGAAUUGGAUGAAGCAUGGGAUGUUGUUUUUGAAAGAACUAGUAAUUAUUCUACUGGUAAUACAGGAAGUGAAAUUAAUAUCCUUGAGCAUGCAUGUGAACAGUAUGAUGAAUCAGAACAAUCACAAGAAGAGAAUUCUCAACAGUAUACCAACAAAAACUUUGAGCCAGUUGAGAUCAAGUCGUUGUCAGCAUCCACAAUAAAGAAAGAAGUGAUUUCAAAACCUGGUUCUAAAAUUGUUAUUUCGCUUUCCGGUGCUUUUCCAAAAGAAGAAGUUUUGGAAGGGAAAAAGGGAGAAGCUAAAAUCCAGGAAGGUUUUUCAAUUCCAGUACAACAUACAAGACAGAUGAUUAAUACACUGCCAACUAUGAGAAAAAAGAAGCAUGAAUGCCAAUUAAAACCAGUGCCUCCUUCUUCCUGGUGUAUUUAGAAAGACAUCCUUUAAAAUAUUUUGCUGCUUGGUUCCCUGCCAUCCGAAACGUCUUAAAGCACAAUUGUGUCCUCCACUGCCAUCAGUACCACCUCCCCAGCCUCCUCCACCUCCACC